UGCGUGGUUUCAGUUUCAGUUUCAGUUCUAGUUCCAGCCAGUCUGCCCCUCACAUUAAGUUUUUUUCCAAGAGCCUGAAAAGGUUGAGAGGGGAAAAUGAAACUUUACCACCAAUAAAAGGCUGGGACUCUGGGCGGCCACACACAGAGCGCCUUGAAGAAGGAUGGCUUCGUCCUCGCCGACACCAAAAGUUGGAGAUCUGAUUGAGAUUUUUCGCUUCGGCUACUCGCACUGGGCCAUCUACGUGGGAAACGGCUACGUGGUCCAUUUGGCUCCCCCAAGUGAAAUCGCGGGAGCUGGGGCAUCCAGUAUCCUGUCCACCGUGGCUGAAACAGCCAUAGUGAAGAAGGAACUGCUGUCCAAGGUGGCUGGGGGAGACAGGUACCGGAUCAAUAACAAACACGAUGACAAGUACCCGCCGCUGCCUGCCAACAAGAUCGUGAAGCAGGCAGAGGAGUGGGUGGGGCGCAAGGUGCGCUACUCACUGAUCCACGACAACUGUGAGCACUUCGUGAACGAGCUGCGCUACAGGGUCUCCCGCAGCGACCAGGUCACGGACACGGUCACAACAGUGGCUGUGGCAUCGGGUGUCUUGGCAGUUCUGGGCAUCUUCGGGAUGGCACUUGCCAGAAGCAAGCGGGAAAGGCAGUAACUUCGAGGCAUUGCCCUGAGAUGCGUCCACUGUGAGGGGAUCACGCUUAGCCGACGGGAGUGGGGCUUGCUUUGUUGAUUUCACUCUGUUUCGUGAUCCUGACUGCUUAUUGAGGAGGAAUGCAGCUCCAUGUGAAUUCUGCUAGACACCGUUGCACCACGUCAUGGACUCCAUCGCUUGGUCCUAGCCCCCCCACCCUUUUAUAUUUUGAAGCCCCGCCUCCCACGUGGCGCACUGAAGAAGUGACUUUUGGAUCAAGCAGAUCUGGAGGGAAACCAGCUCCUCUGGUUGGAGUUGUGUGACUCUGGCGAGUGGCUGAGGGAGCUGGGACGACCGUGCACCCCGAGGACGUGGCUGGCGGUUCUGUGUCCCCGAGCGCCGGAAUACCGAGCGGUCGUUCCCCUCAGGUGGGGUGGUCUCGGCCUGAACAGAGCAGCAGGAGAAGCUGUGUUCAGCUUGCUGUUGCGCAGGGGGCUUUUGAUAAGCCGGGCGCAGAGCCCAGGCCCCUGUCCUGGGGCUUGUCCCGCUACGUUGCACUGUCUUGACUGCCCCCUGCUUCUUCCCUGACCUUGGGCUCAAGGGCCAGGCCCAAUCAAUGCUUCGUUUAGAUCUUGGCAGGGACUAAGACCACCCUGCUGGCGCUCAGGAGAGGAAACCCUCAAGAAUGGAAUGUUGCCGUGCUGAUUACUGCAAACCAAAGGCAUCCGGGAACUUCCUUGUCUGCCUAGAGACUGGUUCCUCCCCUCGUCAACCACAGAAAACUGGCUUGGAGGACUGGAAAGAGAAGAAGCACAACAGCUCGUGCAGGGAGACGUUGGUGUCUGCAGGCACCUGCCAUGGUGCGCACCCCUGUCUGAGGGUUUUAUCUGCACCUAACUCCUUCUCACAUCCCACACUCUGCCACCGCCUCUUCCACCCCAAGAAGUCCCAAGCUCCUAUUUCUUUCUUUUUUUUUAGAUAAAUCUUUUAAAUUCCUGUUAAAAAGUAUACAUAUUUAGGGCAUACCCUGUUUUGCUAUGUCUAUUUAUAUAAUGUUCCAAUCAGGAUAUGCAUGUCUGCCUCCUCAAACAUUUGUUGUUUCUUUCUGGUGACAUAUACGGCACGCACCUAUUACCCACAGCCAUCCCACUGGCCAUGGAACGCCAGGACUCACUUCUCCUACUUAGACCUGUUGAUCAGCUUUGCCACAUCCUCCGUCCCCCACUCUUCCCAACCUCCGGCAACCCCCAUUCUACCCUCAGCUUCUUUGAGAUCCACUUCUAAAGACUGAACAGAGAAGGGAGAUCACGCAGCUUUUGUCUUUAUGCCUGGCUCAUUUCAUGUAACCUAAUCAUCUAAUGUGGUCAUGAAUAACAAGAUUUUGUUCUUUCUUAUGGCUGACUAGUUUCCUUGUGUACAUAGGAGAGGUUGCAGAAAGUUCAUGGAAUAGUGGAAUUAAGAAAUCACGUGGGGGGCCGGGGAAGCUGGGUUACAGGAUGCUGAGGUUGGUAUCAGGAGAUCCGCACAUCCCACGCCCGGGAGACAGUUUGCCAGCUACAUUAAAAAACCAAGCAAAAAACUCGGUACCAGGGAAAGAGUUAGCACAUGUUGCUCCCCCUCUUCGUGGAGGAACGACACAGGACCCUGCGCUGUUCUUUCGUCUGCUCGGCCCUCCCCGGGUUUGCUGCUGGUUCUUCCCGGGUUGGCUACCGUCCCUCCACCUCUGUGGAAGGGCGGUUCCCCCUGCCACUUUCCCCACUUCCGAGGGGGAGCGGCACACCGCCGGCCGGCUCUCUCGGGGGCUGCACAGGUGUUCCCCUUAGAUGUUCCCCUUAGAUGUUCCUGGUGCAUGCCGUCUCUCUCCUCCUUUAUAGUCCUCCUCCGCCAAUCCCAACUCAGCUGCCCACACGCCGAGCACGCUGCUCUCCUCCAAUCAGGAGCAGGUCCUGCUGUUUAUUGGCUGAACUGGAGGCAGCUGUGUAGAAGCUGUUUUCUUCUCUCCCAGCGCCAUAUUGUGGGAGAGCAGAUGCAUAGAAUAAGUCUUAAUUCCAGUAACAGUCUAGUCCGAGUUGCUCCCCACAAGCACAUUCUCUGGACUGCACACUUCUGCUCCAAAUAAAGCACUGACUCUCUGCGGACUCUGGCUGCUGUUGUUCACAUGUGAGAGGAGACGUUGAUGAGAAUCUGAAUGAUACAGAACAGGAAGAUGUGACUGUCGACGGUGCAAAAUUGGCUUGACCCGUGGACUUCGAGUCUUUCCGUGGGGCGGUCCUGCCAGCUUCGCCCAGCGGCAGAGCCUGCUUGAUGUGGACAUUCUUAUCUCAUCAUUCAACGUGCACACAAUUUGAAGCAUUUGAGCAUGAAAACAAAUUCUAGAUUAGCCCAGGUUCUGCCACUGGGGCGUAUAAUGUCUUGGAAAGAAACAUUGUUCCUUCAUUCGUGUUGAUGGGUAGCCAGGCUUCCCCAGUGGUCACUUAAUGAGUUUCAGCUAACUGGAGAUGACGAUAGAACACAAAAAUUCAGGCCUGUCUGGAUGAUUUUUCUAUGUAUUUUUUUUUUCCGUUGUCCUGCUCAAAUCAAAUUAAAUACUCAAAAGCCACACAAUUGUAUCAUUUUAUAAUAUUUUGUAGUCAAAUAUA